AGAGAGAAGAAAUUUUGCUGCGCACACGCAUGCUUGCAGAACAGAAAAGAAAGAAAAAAACAUAAAUUGUUUAUUCGUUAAUCAUUUUAGUCUUUAUUUUCUAAUGUAUCUUUAAAUAUAUAUUCGUGAUUGAUUGAACAGAUCAGUUGCAGUAGACUCUUGCUCCCUUUUGAAGAACGUCAUGGUCAUGGAAACUCCUAGUCCUCAGUGUGUUGGCCGUGAAUUUGUGAGGCAGUAUUAUACCCUGCUGCAUGAGGCCCCACUGCAUUUACACAGAUUUUACAGUCAUAACUCCAGUUUUGUUCAUGGUGGUGUAGAGAAACCAGGUGAGGAGCAGCCACCAGUUAUUGGACAGCCAGAGAUCCAUAAAAAGAUCAUGUGUCUGGAUUUCCGUGACUGCCAUGCUAAGAUUCGUCAGGUGGACAGCCAAGCAACGGUGGGCAAUGCUGUUGUAGUGCAGGUGACAGGUGAGCUGUCCAACAAUGGUCAGCCGAUGAGACGGUUCAUGCAGACCUUUGUCCUGGCACCACAGUCUCCAAAGAAGUACUACGUACACAAUGAUAUCUUCCGCUAUCAGGACGAGGUGUUCCAUGACAAUGACACAGACACAGAAAUUCUGGAGGAUGCCCAGGAUUCUGAGGGUGAGAUUGUGGAGCCGGUCGAUGUAGGACAGACUGCAGACCUGAUAGCAGACAACCAGCAGUUCUAUGAGCCCCAUGCCCAGCCUCUCAGCAAUGGGACUGGUCUCCUUGAGGAGGAGCCUGUGGAAAUGCCCCCAUCACCAAAAUCAGAGCCUGAGGAGCCCCUGGAGAGCAAGGAGCCUGUCCAGAUGGAGGCUUUUGAGCCUGUUAAGGAGGAGCCAAAAGUAGAGCAGCCUGAGGAGCCCCAGCAAAUACAGGAAGAGCCCCGGCAAAACAAACCUUUCUCCUGGGCAGCCAUGGCCAGCAAAAAUACAAUGGGAGCACCUGCCCCAGUGUCUCAGAUGCCAGUGCAGACCCAGGCUCCACCCAAACCUGCCCCUGGAUUUGGCACCAGACAGGACAUGAAACAAGACACCAGCCCCACAGCUCCAAAGGAACAGCGGGCACCACGGGGUGGUCGUGAUCGUCCUGACCGAGGUCGUGACCGUGACAGGAUGAGUAUGGGGCGGGAAGAUGGCGAGGUGGGAGACAGGCGGGGCACACGUUAUCCAGACAGUCACCAACUAUUUGUAGGAAACCUUCCACAUAAUGUCUCUGAGAAGGAGUUGAAAGCAUUCUUUGAAGAGUAUGGAUCAGUGGUUGAGCUGAGAAUCAAUACAAAGAGUGGAAGUGGAAAGGUCCCAAACUUUGGUUUUGUGGUUUUUGAAAGCAAUGAUCCUGUCGAUGCCAUCCUGAAAAAGUCUGCAUUAGGUGUGGCUAUCAAACUACAUGAUCACCGCCUUAAUGUUGAGGAGAAGAAGCCCCGUGGUGGGGAUCGCACUAUGGGACGUGGCCCACCCCCCAGGUCAGGGAGUGCCGGUGGUAUGGGGGGUGGGGGAUUCAACAGCCGGGGCGGUAGUGCUGGGCGUGGCAUGGGUCCGAGAGGGGGUUCCUCUGGGAUGAGAGAAGGGGGACGAGGGGGUGGGUCUGGGAACAUGGGGCCAAGGGGCGGUGGAGGUGGCAUGUCUGGCCCACGACGCUGAUCUCAAGUCAGCCAGGAGACGGACACAUGGAUGAUGGUGCUUUGUGUUACGUUAAUGUGGAAAGUAUGCAAUUCUGAGUUAUGAGAGGACACAUUAUCAUCACUGUCACCCGCUGUUCACAGAUGACUUGUAUAUUUUUGAUUGCGCAACAAAGUGUUCAGUGUUGUUGAAACAUGUUAACACCCUGGUUUUGCCUGUGAUCAGUAAAACAAAUAUUUAUAACCUUAUUUAUUGUUUCAACUUGUUGCCAACUUAGUGACUUGACUGAUGUAAGGACUAGGAGUUACCAUGAUCAUAAAACUUACAUGUGUUUACAUGAAACUUUUUUUACAAUGUGCUAUGUAUUUGCUAAAAAGUAAUAAUUUGUAUCUACUGUUUCAUGAACAUUGUAAAUACUAUUUUGUUCAUUACACAAGCAUUCUGAUUCGAUCAUUUCAUCUGUCAAAGACUUCAUCUAUUGUUCAGUAUAUUUAUGUUAGUAAUGCAAACUUGUGGUUUCAGAGGUUUAUGAGCUAGAUGUACAUGUAUGACAGAAUUGCAUAUUUUCAAUCAUGUGUUUUUCUUAAAAUUAAAAUAUAAAAUAAACCAAAGGAAAAAAAAUGCUAUUCAUAUCAGAUAAUCUUAAAUGUUUUAUGUUUGAGAAAAGAACAAAAAACAGUCAAACAUCUUGUAUAAAUAUUAGACUUCUGACACUCGUUUCUGUAUUUAUCAUGUUCACAUUUUUAUAACAAUAGGGGUGUUUGACAGUUGUUUUUACCUACAUUUUUGUUUUGUUUUCAAAUAUGCCUACUUUCUUACAAAGUUGUAACAAAAUUUGAAUAAUGGUUGCAGUUUAAUACUCAUGUUCUCUUUUUUUACUCCAUCAGCAGUUAGCCAAACAUGGAUUGUAAUUGAUGACUUUGUAAUGCUAGCUAGUGCCAAUCACUUUAUUUUGAUUUUUUUUUUAUUAAAAUUUUCUUUCGUAUAAUUGAAGCCAAGGAUCAUCGUAGAUAACUUAUUAAGACUAUUACUCCCAAUAGCUAAGUUUUUUAAAUUAUUGUGUCGAUUGGAAUUAAGACUUCAUUGUAUAACUUGCUAUAAAAAAGCUGUGUUUAUAUUAUACUGUAUCAUCUGUAUGUGUGUUAUGUUUGUGGGCAUAGGAAGUAUUAAGGUGUUUUAUGCUGGAGCUUAUGAAAUGGUUCAAACGCUGAUACAAGCAAGAUGUUAGUUGGACAGAAGAAGAAUAAUGUAGUCAGUUUUGAAAUCCAUAUUGUAAAAGAAGUGUUUGGUUGUUCGAUUAUUUUGUAUAUGCUUAUCCUUGUGAGUAAUGUCUCUCCAGCGCAAGGCAAAUUAUACAUACUUGAUUUUCCAUCGACAUUUAGUAUAGGUUGAGAAUAUUACACUUGAUGAACUAGAAAUAAGUCAAUUUUACAUGGUGUAAAGUAUCUAUUGGACUAUUAUUAUAUGUAAUUAUACAGUAUAUGUCGAAGCAUUCUUAACAUUGUUGGUAGAUUCCUUGUAUUCUCAGGGAAGUCAGUUUGAAAGUUGCUCCAUUCUGGCCAUUAACAUUGGCCUACAUAGUGAUAUGUUCACUGUGAAUUUGAAAUGCAGAGUUUGUCUGUGCAUUGUCUCUUGAAUUAUGGGUCUUUUUUCAUAUGAAGUUCUAGAGACUAAGAGUGCAAGUAAAAUCCAAAAUAUAUAUAGUUAUUUUAAAGUAAAUCAAGUUCAGUGUUUCACAUCGGUAUGUUUUUUUUUCUGCCUAGCGGAUAUGCACUGAACCCAAUCACAAAUAGUUGGAUGUAACCUCAUCUUGUUGGCUACAUCAUAAUUGUUUAUCAUAUCAUGACUGUGUGUGAGUAUUGCUGGUAGUACACUGUUUUCAUGUUCUUUCCUACUUAGUUACCCUAACUCUAGUUAGCAGGAACUCUUUGAAUAACAAUUGUUUCAUUACUAUGCAAGAGUCGUUCACUUAGCUUCGACCAGAAACUGUUCCAUUUUUAUUUAAAUUGGUUACAGAACAGUUAUAUUUAUAUACAAUUGUCUGAUCGAUUUCUACAGAGACACACUGGAAAUAUAAAUAUUUGUCCAUCACCAUUGUUCAGUGUAGGAUUAAGACUUAGAGUAUUUAAAUUGUGCACACAAAACUGCAUUUAUAAUAACUGAUUAUGUAAUAAUUUGAACCUAUUGUGUAAAAUUUUCUUGAUAGAGAUGGGAUGGUGGGAGCAGGAAAAGCAAGCCAGUCCUGCUUAGUCAAUAAGAUUUUACAUUAUAUGUUCUAACUGACCAAGAUUAUGUUUUCACCAGGCGGGAACCAAAUAUUAUAGUCACAUGAGUUAAAUUGUAAAGUCUAUACGAUUAAGCGAAGUACUUGGUAAAGGCUGAUUAAUGGUUUCAUUAGAAGGUAAUAUCAGUUAAAAUCUAAUUAGGAAUAGAGAGCAUUAUUUUUACAUAUUAAGUGUUGAAGGCAGGAGUUGAAAUGACAAUGUAUUAGUUUGCAAUUGAGUGCGCAUGUUCACUGUGUUAUAUACCCGGUCUCCUGGAGAAAUGUUCAUGUUUGAACAUUCCUGCUGUGUUGAAUAUCGAUAAACCUGUUUUGAAUUGCUCGAAUUAGUUUAUCAGUAGAGUUCCAAUGAUCAAACAAAAGGGUACUAAGGGAGUUUGUACAUUUAUGCAUUUGUGUUUUUUGUACACAUCUUUGUCACAGUUUGUGGCAUAUUUCCAUUAACAUGGCUAAGAUACCCAUUCAUCUGAAUGCAUCUAAAAUUCGGGAGGGUAAUAAUGAUUAACCCAUUUGUAAAGUUCAAUUAUGAACAUUUUUGUCUCGUCUUAGGGCUGUUUCCAUCACUGAAAUUUAUCACUGGUUACUGUUUUCUCGGCUUUGCAACGUGUGAUAGCUUGUGUCUUGCUGCAUUUUGCUCCAAUAAAGGGUUGAUCAGUAGAAAACAAGUCCAGUACACCAGUUAAGAUGUAGUUUCUAUCAUAUUGUAGAUUGAUCUCUUAUAUUCUCUUUGAAGUUCAAUAUUUUUUUGCUAUCCAAUAACAAUCCUUGAGCAGUGUUACAGGUACCGAAUACUGUGCUGAAUGAACAAUGCAAGUAGCUCUUGUGAGAUGUCUAGUGUUGAGGUGUAUGUCUUGUGAGAUGUCUAGUGUUCAGGUGUAUGUCUGGUGUGAAGGUGUAAGAGUUGUUAAUGGAAUGCUCACACAUUGCGGUAUUGGUGCCAUUUCUGUUUCUUGUUCAAUUAUUUCCCAUUUAUUGUGAUAAGUAUUUAUGUGUGUUUAGUUUUAAAUCAAAAAGGUGUUUCUCUUGAGAGAUAACAACUUUACACAUUGCAUAACUAACUGUUUGAUCUGAAAUUUUUAUUUAGUUUUGCAAAACAAAUAACAGCUCUGAUAAUGCAAAACUAGACGUUUGUGCAGCCUGAUACCAUUUCUGCACACUUGCUGGAAAAGGGACACAUUUUAUUAAAAGCAUCAUGUUUGUGUGUGUGUUUCUAGUAUCAAUGAUUAUUAUAGUAUCGGUUUGUUCCAUCCUAGAUCGGUUUGUUUCAUCCAAGAUCAAAGGAGCAAAAUUUCGAACCAAGGAACACUUCAACAGUGACAACUUCUGUUGAAAAUCUCUUGAUGUGAUUGCUUCUAGGGAGUUCUGAUGAGAGGGCCCCUGAUCACUGUAUUUCAUUAAUGGCACUACUAAUGGGGCUGUUGUACUGAAACCUUAUACUGUUGUUUAUUUCAAGUUAUAAUUUAUGUAUACCUUUGCAGGAAACAUAGUUUCACUAUUAAAUGGCAGCACUUUUGGAAUGCCACUGGAUUGUGUCAUCAUUUUACAUUCUUGUCUGCCUGAAUACCAUCUUAUUAUUAUGGAUGGAUUUAAUCCUCUUUUUAACUUGAUUUGCAUUAAGAAAAAGCUAACAAUGCAGUUUUAAGCGGAAAAACAUAAGUUGUAAAAAAUGCAUUUGCUAAAUAUAUCACUUUCUUAUACUUGAAUGAUAGUAGUUUUCAUUUAAAGCGUUGGCUGAUGUUUAAGAUUUAUUGUAACAAUGUUUUAAUUGUAUUAAAUCUAAAAAAAAAAAACUUUUGAAAGUUAACCCUAAUUGUGAUAACAUACCAUGCUUUCAUCUGAUGUUGAUAUAUAGACAAGUUUUUUUCUAAUUUGGCUGUAAAUUAUAAUAACUGUUACAGAAGAAACAACAAUAAAGAUGUUAUUUCUA